GAGCGCGCGGCCGCCUCCCCCUCCCCCUCCCCCUCUUUCUUCUCCUCCCUCGUCGCCGCCGCCGCCGCCGCCGCCGCCGCCUCAGCCUUCGCCUCAGCCACCGCCGCCGCCCGCUCCCGCCCGCGCGCGGCGGGAUGGACGAUCAAUCCAGGAUGCUGCAGACUCUGGCCGGGGUGAACCUGGCCGGCCACUCGGUGCAGGGGGGCAUGGCCCUGCCGCCUCCCCCGCACGGCCACGAAGGGGCGGACGGCGACGGCAGGAAGCAGGACAUCGGCGACAUCCUCCACCAGAUCAUGACCAUCACCGACCAGAGCUUGGACGAGGCGCAAGCAAAGAAACAUGCCCUGAACUGUCACAGAAUGAAACCGGCGCUCUUCAGCGUCCUGUGUGAGAUCAAAGAGAAAACAGGUCUCAGCAUCAGAGGAGCCCAGGAGGAAGACCCUCCCGAUCCCCAGCUAAUGAGACUGGACAAUAUGCUUUUGGCAGAAGGGGUUUCAGGUCCUGAGAAAGGUGGGGGAUCGGCGGCAGCAGCUGCAGCCGCGGCAGCCUCUGGAGGUUCUUCAGAUAACUCUAUUGAACACUCAGAUUACAGAGCCAAAUUGACCCAGAUCAGACAAAUCUAUCACACAGAACUGGAGAAAUAUGAACAGGCAUGUAAUGAAUUCACUACACAUGUGAUGAACCUUCUCCGAGAACAGAGUAGAACGCGUCCCAUUUCCCCAAAAGAGAUUGAAAGAAUGGUGGGCAUCAUUCAUCGAAAAUUUAGUUCCAUUCAGAUGCAGCUCAAACAAAGCACUUGUGAAGCAGUUAUGAUUCUAAGAUCAAGGUUCCUUGAUGCCAGACGGAAAAGGCGUAAUUUCAGUAAACAGGCCACAGAAAUCUUGAAUGAAUAUUUUUACUCACACCUCAGCAACCCCUACCCCAGUGAAGAAGCCAAAGAGGAGCUGGCCAAGAAAUGCAGCAUCACAGUGUCACAGGUAUCCAACUGGUUUGGCAACAAGCGAAUCAGGUACAAGAAGAAUAUUGGCAAGUUUCAGGAAGAAGCCAACCUCUAUGCUGCAAAGACAGCCGUGACAGCCGCACAUGCAGUGGCCGCAGCUGUGCAGAACAACCAGACCAAUUCACCCACCACGCCAAAUUCUGGUUCUUCUGGUUCUUUUAACCUCCCAAAUUCUGGGGACAUGUUCAUGAACAUGCAGAGUCUGAAUGGGGAUUCUUACCAAGGGUCCCAAGUCGGAGCCAAUGUGCAGUCACAGGUGGAUACCCUCCGUCAUGUUAUCAAUCAGACGGGAGGCUACAGUGAUGGCCUUGGAGGAAAUUCACUGUACAGUCCGCAUAAUUUAAAUGCUAAUGGAGGCUGGCAGGACGCAACAACUCCAUCUUCAGUGACUUCUCCCACAGAAGGCCCGGGAAGUGUGCACUCAGAUACCUCUAACUAAUCUCUGGCCACACUUUCCCCUGAGCUAACAGGCCUUGAGAAGUGCGUUCGGAGCAACAGGAGGAAAAGGAAUGCGUUCUUGUAGCCCACCAUCUACAGCUUUACUGUAAAACCUUGUCUUAUUAGAGAACUUGGUAAAUCUGUUUUUUAAGGAAUCAUAAUCAUUUGUAUUUAUACUUAAAACACACAAUGUUAAAAAAGCACUUUAUCCAAUUAGGCCAAGAUUUAACAUUGUUGACAGUCCUGUAGCUAUUUUAUCAUAAUUUAUUAUCAAUAUUUUACAUUAAUGGUUUCACAGUUGCCAAUUACUUGGCCUUAAGGGUAAAAAGUACAAUAUAUGCUAAACCUCAAUCGUUUGAGCAGAUGCAAAGAUUCACCUCACCUAAAUUGAACUCCUUGCAUAUUUCCAGUGCAGACUUUGAUUGUCUUUCUUUCAUGUCACUAAUGGGGUUGGAAUAAAAGAGCUGUUUGGCUAUCUCUGUUAA